AUGUCAGGUGCCCACCUGGAGGAAGAGGGCUCCUUCUGUUUGCAGAUCCCUUUCCGGAACCAGGUCGGUGCUCUGGAAGUCCAGCCAAGCACCGUCCUCGUGUCCAAAGCUCCCGAACACCAGCCACCAGGCUCCCUCCAGCGCCCUCCUCUCGCAGCAAACAGCCAAGGCUCUCGGGCCAAACUCCAAUGUCCCUCGAUUCAAAACCGCAAAAAUGUGAACCCUGCUAAGCAAACGGCAGGAAACACGCUGCGGGCGUUCAGCUGGCAACGCUGGGCCUUCCGAAGAGCCGAAGUCUGCAAUCUGGAUGGAGGAAAGAUCCCCGGCCAGGCGGAGGCCGGGCGGGAGCUUACAGCCCGGGUCCCAAGCCUGCCGGGGAAGGGGCCCAUGGGCAAGGGAUGGGGACUGAGUGGAAGCAGCAACGCCCGCACCACUUCGCCCCGCUCAUGGUGCGCGCUUCUCAGGCUCCGCGCCGGGCGCGCUCCCGACACCGUCGACGCCGGGCGGCCGCGCAAAGGCGGGGACCUUGCUCUACCGGCGCACCUCGGGGGGACGGGGUGGACCGGGUGGACGGGGCGGACGGGCUCCGCGGCGCGCAGGCUCAACGCGUUCGAACUUCUUCCCCGCAGGCCGACACCUCGGGGCUGGGACCGCGGCCGGGCCGAGGGCGCCCCGGCCUUCCUUCAGUGCGCCCGCCUGGCCGCCAGGCGUGCCGUUCUGCCGGCCGCCUCCGCCGCGCUUCGGCUCCACGGGACUCUGCCCCGGCGCGGAGCCCGAGCCUCUGCCGCCUGCGCUCCGCCCCCUCGGGACAGGACUCCCAAAGCGCUCUCGAGACAGACACGACGCUGCACGCGCACACACACAUACACACUCACACACACUCACAAAGCCCCCGGGAGGCGCCCACUCUGGCUCGCCCGCUCUGGGUUUCGGGGCGCCCCGCGAUCCUCUCCUUCCUCCUCCUCCUCCUCGGGAGAGGGUGGGUCACUUCUCCGCGGCGCCCGGGCAGCGGGGAGGAAAGGUGAAGCCGCGAGGGUCCCGUGGGCACUGGGCGCGGGGCUGGUCCCGAGCCACGGAGGGAGCCGCCAGCUGGGCGUCGCUGGGCAGGGCGCAGGUCUAGCCGGAGGGUGGGUCCGCGCUCGCCGCCGCCGCCGCGGGAGAAAGAAGGCGGAGAGACGAGGAGCUCCGCGGCUCGACUGUGGGGGACCGAGCCCACCGUCCGGUCCCCUCGCGCUCCUCCCGCGCCGCCUCCCCCACCCGGGGCGCGCGGUAGGUUCCGAGCGGCCCGGCCCCCGGCCCAGAUCCCUCCCUCUCUCGGCCUCCCGGCUCCUUCUUCCUCCCUUCCCUCCUCCCCUUCCCACGUUCGGCCGGCUCCGGUUUCUGCCUAGACUUUCUCUGAAACUCCGCCGGAGCGCUUCCAGCCAAAACAACAAGGGCCGGGGAGGAGACGCACGGAGGGAGGGAGCGAGAGAGGGAGGGAGCCGGAGUCCGAGAGGCACCCUGGGAUCUGUAGUUCGGGAAGCUGGAGAGGGGUCCUUGGCCGCCCGGCGGCAUUGGCGCCGGGAGCCCCCCGCGGGGUCCUCGCCGGGAAUAGCGGCCAGGCCUCGGAGAGAGCAGCGCUCCGGGGCUCGGUCUGCUGAAGGAGCGAGGAACGUUUGAAUGUUCGGUCUGGGGAUUGCCAUGUUGGCUCAGCCGAGUGUCAGUUUGGAGUUUGUUCGGUUUGUUUAAUCAGGGGUUUGGGCGGGGGGUGAGGGGGUCUCUACUUGACGGCCGGAGGGAGACCGCGCGCCCUGAGAGUCCUCGACCCCCGGGCCCCGGCCCUCGAGGUUGAAGGGCAGAGACCUGGAGAACGAGGGCGCAGGGAUCGCGCUAAGGCACCCAGUCUGGAGGGGAGAUCAGAAGGGGACCCUCUCGGGCCGCUGUGGGCUGGACCCUGGAGCAGCCUUGCCUGAGUAAUGGGAGCCCUUACUGGGACCAAAGAUUUGGUUGAAUCUCUCUGGGACAUUUUGAAGUCACUCUCCCUCCACUUGUAGCCAGUUUCUUCCACUUGCCUUUGGAUUUGUUUAAAAUCUACCCUUGGGAUGUUGAACCAGAAAAGGGAAACUUUACUAGACGUCUUAGCUCUAUUUGCUUACGUGUGUGUAUUGCAAUUGAUACCUGGUCCUGAGUUUGACACGAUCCUGUAAUAGAAAUAUCAAUUAUUUGUGAAAAACAAAGCCCCCAAACAAAUUUUAGAAGGUAAUAUAAAUAAAUGAGAUAAAAGUGCUAAAAAUAGUAGAUGAGUGAACAUUUCUGGAAAACCUAACCUCAGGCACUUGCUUAUUAAUAACAGUACUGGCAUUCAAGAGUUUCUCUUGAGUUUGAAAAGGUUGUACCAUUAUAGCAGGAAAAUAGGUGCUGGGUGGUGACAAAGUUCCCUGCACUCAUGGAGGUGACAUUUCUGUGGUGGCAGAGGAUAAACAGGGGUCAGCACAAGUACAAAUUGUGAUAAAUGUUGUGCCCUGGGGAAAAUAAACACGGUAAAUUGGAAGAAUAACCAGAUGGGACUAGGUCAGAUAGAAUGAGAGAAGUCUUCCUUGAAGAUUAGCUAGCCAGAGAUGAGAAAGUUGUUUCUAAAGAAACAGGAGAUUUAUACUUGUUUUGUAGAAAAAUCAAAGAGAUAAGGAGGAUUGAGAGAGAAAAAACAAGCAAGAGGGUUCAUUGUUUUUCUUAAAUUUUAAGGCUUUUCAGAAUACGAGUGUAAUUUUUAUGGCAGCUAAUAAACCAAAGCAAUUUUUUAUGUGAGCUCGGGUUUUACCACAAGCCUUCCAAAUGAAAAUAAAUCAUUGAAUUUGAUUUCUACUUCUCCCACAGGCAGUGUGUCUAUACAAAGUAUUUAUAAUUAACAUUGCUAAGCCUAGUCCACUCUUUCCUAGUUAACUGUUGGCUAGACAAUUUACUGCUCCUCCAGUCCUGUUGUAAAGGCCUUUUUAGUGGAAAUUUGUACUGCCAUUGUGCCUCGGUAUUCCCAGGGAAUUGGUUCCGGGACCUUUCCCCUUACCCAGAUCCUUUAAUGCUCAAGUCCCUUAUAUAAAAUAUUGUAGUAUUUGCAUGUAACCUAAGUAUGUCCUCCUAUAUACUUUAAAUCACCUCUAGAUUACUUGU